CGCCGCUGAUACUUCCAGUUCCCUUCCUUCAACAAAAAUCGGUAUAAUUUCAUUCCUCUUCAAUAUCUUUGAUUCAUUGGCUUCAUUUCUUAGCUUGUUGAGAUCCUUUUUAGCUCUUUUAGUUUUUCUAUUUUCCUUUUCUUUUUUUUUUCCCCUCUUUUCGUUGUUGAAUUUGGUGCCGACUGUCGAGAAUUCCGGUGCUGUUUAUCUUUAGAUUCUAACAAUUUGUAGUUCUAACGCGUAGGUGAGCCAUUUUUUAUCAUACUUUUCGGUUUAUCGUAAUUGUUAGGUUUAAUGCUUUAUGGGAUUCGCUUGCUUUAUGGAAGUGUUGACUUUGAAAGACUUGUCAUUACAUAACAUCAAGAUCUCAUAAAUACUACUUUAGUGCACGAUGAGCCGAUUACGUGAACCGCCAAACAGGCAGUUUUUCCCCUUUGGGAAUCCCUUCCGCAUGAGAUCUCCCAAAGGUUCAAAUUUGCCUUCAAAACUUGUAGAUAUAUUGAAUGCUUUUGAAAGAAGCCUUGCUGAAAGACUACAAAAGCUCCAUCCAUCUAGUGAGGAUGACGUUCUUAGCCUUUCGUGGAUGAUAUUAGCCAUGGAAUUGCUUUGUGAAACUCAUAGUGAUGUUAAAAAUCUUAUCAAGGAGUUAGACCUCCCUGUCCCUGAUUGGAAUGAGAAGUUGAUCGAUGUCUAUCUGGACAUCAGUGUGAAAUUACUUGAUGUCUGUAACGCUGUUAGCUCAGAGCUUUCACACUUGAACCAAAGCAACCUCAUGCUUCGGUGCGUCAUCCAUAACCUGGAUUCUGCUGAUUCAGAACGACUUACUAGAGCUCGUACUUCCUUAGAAGAAUGGAGACAGAACAUCAGCACCACAAGUUCUAGAAUUAAGAAUUGUUGUGUAAUCUUAGACAGCCUUGUAGAAUCACUUGAUCUUCCAAAAAUUAAGAACUCUGCCAAAGGCAAGGUUCUGAUGCGGGCUUUGUACGGGGUGAAGGUACAGACAGUUUUUGUGUGCAGUGUCUUUGCCUCCGCCUUCUUAAGCUCCCCAAAGCUCUUUGAUCUGGAUAUAGCCAAUACAUAUUUGUGGGGACAAACUUUCUCCUCCUUGCAGAAUGAUGUAAAUAGUGAAAUUAGAAAUAUAUACACAAGUGGAAAGUUCACCCCUUUGAAGGAGCUUGAAGCUAUCGAUCAAUGUGUAGGCAAACUUCAUCAAAUGAUCCCAGAGAAACCAGAAGUCGAAGAUGCUCAACUGCUGAAGAACAGCAUAUCAGAAUUGGGAGGAAAGACAGAGAAACUAUCAGAAGAUCUACAUUCGCUUACAAAGGAAGUCGACAACUUUUUCCAAAUUGUUUUGGCAGGGCGCGAUGCUUUGCUAUCAAACCUUAGGGGUUGUUAAACUUAAAAUGGAGUCGAAGCAAGGAAUAGAACAAGUCAAACAAGCAAUCAGACGAUCUUGGCAGAGCUUAACUUAAACCUGUGUACAGGGAUGGGUUGGUGUCUCUUGUGUUUCUACUACAGAAAUAUAUUAACUAACCAUAGUGUAGCGUAAUAAUGUAGUGUUUAGUUAUAUUUAGAAAUGCUUUUGGGUUGUAUUGCUAAUUACGGUGUUGUAAGUUUGAACUUUGAAAUGGAAAUGUGUAAUAUGGGGGUUGUUUCUA